CCGCCGGGCCAGCCCCGCCCCUGCCCGCCCGCUUCGGCUCAACCUCGCCAGGAGCCACAGCUGCAGCUUCAGGUCCGCUCCUGCCGGGAUCGAGCGCCCGCACUCCCGGCGCUGCAAACACCCAAGUCCCGCUCGCUGCCGCCUGCACUCGAAUCCCUGGCACGCGCCUCUCGCAUCCCGGGAUCGUCCCAGCGGCUGCCAAGCGCUCCCCGGGAUCUCUCCGGCUGCCCAGAGAGCCCAGGGAUCGGCCCAUCUGCCCCGCGCGGCCCCAGCUGCGUCCUCGGAGCGCCAGCCCGCGCGCCCCGCUCUCCGCUCCCCGGCACUCUCGGGGGGCCCGCCCGCCCUGCACCCUGGAGCGCCGGGCCGCGAGCCUCUGCCAACUCUUCUGGAUCCUCGCGGCCGUGGGCAGCGGCUGCCGCGCCUGUCUGCCGGAGGGAGGACCUUUGCCUCUACAUUUACCCAGUAACUCUGGCUGUGCCAGGUACCCCUUGGGUAAAACGGGCACCCCAGAAACAUGGCAGACGAAGAUCUCAUCUUCCGCCUGGAAGGUGUUGAUGGUGGCCAGUCCCCCCGAGCUGGCCAUGACGGUGAUUCUGAUGGGGACAGCGAUGAUGAGGAAGGUUACUUCAUCUGCCCCAUCACCGAUGACCCAAGGUCAAACCAGAAUGUCAAUUCCAAGGUUAAUAAGUACUGCAGCAACCUAACGAAAAGUGAGCGGUAUGGCUCCAGCGGAUCCCCGGCAAACUCCUUCCACGUCAAGGAAGCCUGGAAGCACGCGAUCGAGAAGGCCAAGCACAUGCCGGACCCCUGGGCUGAAUUCCACCUCGAAGACAUUGCCACCGAACGUGCUACGCGACACAGGUACAACGCAGUCACCGGGGAAUGGGUGGACGAUGAAGUUCUGAUCAAGAUGGCGUCUCAGCCCUUCGGCCGAGGAGCGAUGAGGGAGUGCUUCCGGACGAAGAAGCUCUCCAACUUCCUGCACGCCCAGCAGUGGAAGGGAGCCUCCAACUACGUGGCGAAACGCUACAUCGAGCCUGUGGACCGGGAUGUGUACUUUGAGGACGUGCGUCUACAGAUGGAGGCCAAGCUCUGGGGGGAGGAGUAUAAUCGGCACAAGCCCCCCAAGCAGGUGGACAUCAUGCAGAUGUGCAUCCUUGAGCUGAAGGACAGACCGGGCCAGCCCCUCUUCCACCUGGAGCACUACAUCGAGGGCAAGUACAUCAAGUAUAAUUCCAACUCAGGUUUUGUCCGUGACGACAACAUCCGCCUGACGCCGCAGGCCUUCAGCCACUUCACAUUUGAGCGUUCCGGCCAUCAGCUGAUAGUGGUGGACAUCCAGGGAGUUGGGGAUCUCUACACUGACCCACAGAUCCACACGGAGACGGGCACUGACUUUGGAGACGGCAACCUAGGUGUCCGCGGGAUGGCGCUCUUCUUCUACUCUCAUGCCUGCAACCGGAUUUGUGAGAGCAUGGGCCUCGCUCCCUUUGACCUCUCACCCAGGGAGAGGGACGCGGUGAAUCAGAACACCAAGCUGCUGCAAUCAGCCAAGACCAUCUUGAGAGGAACAGAGGAAAAAUGUGGGAGCCCGCGAGUAAGGACCUUCUCUGGGAGCCGGCCCCCCCUGCUCCGUCCCCUUUCAGAGAACUCUGGAGAUGAGAACAUGAGCGACAUGACCUUUGACUCCCUCCCGUCUUCUCCAUCUUCGGCCACACCACACAGCCAGAAGCUGGAGCACCUCCAUUGGCCGGUGUUCAGUGACCUCGAUAACAUGGUGUCCAGGGACCCUGAUCAUCUAGACAACCACCGGGACUCUGAGAACAGUGGGGACAGUGGAUACCCUAGUGAGAAGCGGGGUGACCUGGAUGAUCCUGAGCCACGAGAACAUGGCCACUCCAACGGUAAUCGGAAGUACGAGUCCGACGAAGACAGCCUGGGCAGCUCCGGACGGGUCUGUGUAGAGAAGUGGAAUCUCCUCAACUCCUCCCGCCUCCACCUGCCGAGGGCUUCGGCCGUGGCCCUGGAAGUGCAAAGGCUUAAUGCUCUGGACCUCGAAAAGAAAAUCGGGAAGUCCAUUUUGGGGAAGGUCCAUCUGGCCAUGGUGCGCUACCACGAGGGCGGGCGCUUCUGCAAGAAGGGCGAGGAGUGGGACCAGGAGUCGGCUGUCUUCCAUCUGGAACACGCUGCCGACCUGGGCGAGCUGGAGGCCAUCGUGGGUCUGGGACUCAUGUACUCGCAGCUGCCCCAUCACAUUCUAGCUGACGUCUCUCUGAAGGAGACGGAAGAGAACAAAACCAAAGGAUUUGAUUACUUACUGAAAGCCGCUGAAGCCGGCGACAGGCAGUCCAUGAUCCUAGUGGCUCGAGCUUUUGACACUGGCCAGAACCUCAGCCCAGACAGGUGCCAAGACUGGCUGGAGGCCCUGCACUGGUACAACACUGCGCUGGAAAUGACGGACUGUGAUGAGGGCGGUGAGUACGAUGGAAUGCAAGAUGAGCCCCGGUACAUGCUGCUGGCCAGGGAGGCCGAGAUGCUGUUCAUGGGAGGCUACAGGCUGAAGAAGGACCCGCAGAGAUCAGGGGACUUGUAUACCCAGGCAGCAGAAGCAGCGAUGGAAGCCAUGAAGGGCCGGCUGGCCAACCAGUACUACCAAAAGGCGGAAGAGGCCUGGGCCCAGAUGGAGGAAUAAUCAGGAAAAUCACUGCGGGCUACUCCCAAGCAAAAGGGCUAGGAGGAAAAGAAAAAAGAAAAAAAGAAAAGCAGUUAUUUAGUUUGGGGAGGGGAAGCAUUUUUACUGUGUUGUAAAUCAAAUUUUCUUUUUCAUUUUUUGACUCUUGAAAAUGUCUUUGCUACUUGGCUGCUACCAGCAGAGACUCUCUAGCUGUCUCUCAGGGCAGUAUUUUGGGGAAGUGGGACUCGAAAAGGCAGCCUAAUGAACCAAUGUACCGUCAUGUGGUUCUUUUUUUUUUUUUUUUUUUGAGAGGGAGCCUCCCGCUGUCACUCAAGCUGGAAUGCAAUGGCGCAAUCGCAGCUCACUGCAACCUCGCCUCCCAGGUUCCAUCGAUUCUACUGCCUCAGGCUCCCACUACCCCACCCAGCUAAUUUUUGUGUUUUCAGUAGAGAUGGGGUUUCACCAUGUUGGCCAG